GAUUGUAUACUUACCCUUUACCAGAUUUGUUUUUCAUCUAUUCAAUAGUCUUUUCAGUCUUAUGGCAUUCUGGCUCAAAUGUUCUUCACUGAUGUAAACAAGAGAUUAACAUGUUAACGACCCUUUAAUUUUGGUGGCGAUGUACUAGCGAUGUAUCGCAACCGCAAGUCUGUAAGUUUAAAGUGUAUAUACUCUACGAUUUUGUGUUUCAUCGAUUGAGAGUUAGAUCCUCAAAAGCGUAAACCUAUUCACAGCACAAUGUCAUUCAAUAGAAUUCGAGACAACGACAAAAACACAAACAUGGCACAAUCGAGUUCGAGCAGUCAAUCUGAAGCCGAGGAUGACGAGGAAAUUUUUAAUAUAGACGACGAUUUGGAUUUCCUUAUUCGAGAAAGACUUUCCGAGGAAAGAUUUAUGAAUGAAACGCUUGCAUCGGAUAAGCCUCGAAAAAGGCAAAGAGAAACGGUAUCUCCGGAAAUCAGAACCAAAUUUCUCAUGCCAAGCAAAAUUGAAAGAUCGCCGCUAAACAAAGUUGAAACUCUAACUAGGCUUCCUAAUAAUCAAAUGCAAACAAAUUGCAACCACAAUUGGUGGAAAUGUCUCACUUUUGUAGUAGUAUUGUUGAUUGUUGUUGCUUUGACAAACGGUUGUUUAAAUACGACAAUUUUUUUUAGUCCCAAAGAAAAUAUUUCUUCAAAUAAUUUGGUAAACUCUGUGUUGGAGAAUGUUAAAGCAACUUUGUUGAAUUUGAAAUCAAAAUACAAAAAUCAAGACAAAGAUUUAUGGCACAACGCUUAUAACGGUAUAUCGGAUAUUAUAAAACGGCCGCACCAGCCCUCUAUAUUAUUGCUACUUGGAGAAAAGUCAGAUCCACUGGACUGUUUGGCUACUUUGUUGAGCAAUGUUAGCAGUAAUGCACUUAAUAGUGGUAGAUUGAUGCUUACACCUAACGAAUUUGAUCAUGACACGGGCUCAGUAAUCGAAGAAAUGCGUAAAAAGAUUAAGACGCACAAAGCUGUUGUAAUAUGGGAUCUUUUGAACAUAAAUGUAGAAGCAUUGAAAGCAUUCCACAAUUUGUGUGAUAGAAUUAAUCCCCUUGUGGAAGAAGUGAUUUACAUAAUUACUGUUGUCGCUGACAACUUUGACAAAGAAAGGAAUCCAACUAAAUUUCUCGAAGAUGAACUGACUAAAAAAUUGAAAGGAAAAAUGAAAAGUGAUGCAAUACAGCCUUUGAUCACUAGAAUAACAGAUGGACAUGUCUCAAUAGUGAAGCCUGAACCCACUGUUACUGACUGCCCAUUGCCCAAAGCCUCAAAAAACUAAACCGUCUGUAUUACUAGAGCUUUUGACUCUCUGUAAUUUUAAAGUGUGCUUUAAUAUUUGUAACUUGAUAAAUAUAUUUAAUAUUUUUCUAAAAA